CUGAAGGUCAUCUGAGGAUCAAUCGACUAAUAUUGACCGAAAAUGAACGACUAUUCGGGACGAAGUGCAGUUCAGACAUGUUCAGGACAUGUACACACAUGUACGCGCACACACAAACUACAGUGUCACGCGAUAAUGAGUCAUCGUCAGUUUUAAAUGACUGAGUUUCACUUCAGUUUUCACUUGGACAGACUUUAACUUUACAGUCGACAUGAGGAAGCAGCUCUCAGGAGCAGACCAGAACCAGAACCACAAACCCGUCAUCCCGAAGGUCCGAUACCACCCGAGCAUCCAGACCCCCCCCACACCCAGACCCAGAGAGACCCAGAGGCCCGGACCGGCCGCCGUGCACCCCCCUCAGACUGGGACCAGACCUAAGACUGGACCCAGCGUGGGCCCCACUAAGACUGGGCCUGGACCGGCCCGGGUGAAUCCAGCCCGCCCUGACGGAGAUGCCGAUGCGGGCCCAGACCGGGCUUCCCUGAGCCCGGACCAGGUUCCUCUGGGUCUGGGUCUGCAGGUGGACCGCCAGGUGGUGGAGCAGGUGGAGGUUCUGACCCGUGGACAGAGCAGCAACCAGGACUGGUUCACCUGGAGGAAGAACCGCAUCACGGCCUCGGUGGCUCACCGCAUCGCUCACUGCCGCUUCGUCAACGGCAAGAGCAAGGCCCCGCCCCCUUCCUACCUGGCUGCUGUCACAGGUGAGGGGCGGCACGUCCAGACCAGAGCCAUGUCCUGGGGGGUCAACAUGGAGGCCAAGGCGGUCCGCAGGUAUCAGGAGAUGAAGAGCGUGGCGCUGGGCCGGUCCGUCACCGUGCAGUCCUGCGGUUUGUUCCUGGACGAUCAAAGGCCCUGGUUGGCUGGGAGUCCCGACGGCAUUGUGACGGACAGCCAGACUGGCCAAUGGCUGCUCUGCCUGGAGGUCAAGUGUCCGUACAAACACCGGCAGCGUACGGUGGAGGAGGCCUGCAGGCAGGACCCGGCCUUCUGUCUGGAGAUAACUCACCACACGCCCCCCCCAGCGGUGUCCCAUCUAAAGGCGUCCCCCCCAGUGUACCGUCUGAAGACGUCCCACAGCUACUACACCCAGAUCCAGGUGCAGCUGGCGGUGACGGGGCUGCGUGGCGCCGACCUCGCCGUGUUCACGCUGAAGGAGCUCGCCAUCGUCCCCGUGACCUUUGACCCCGUCCUGUGGGACGCCACGCUGUCCAAACUGGAGACGUUCUACAGAGAGGCCGUGCUGCCCCACCUGGGACGGGACAGGGCCGCCGCACCGGAGCUGUAGAGACUUUACCCACAAUGCAGCUGGGUGUAGAUACAGGCCUGUCGGAGACAUAGAUCAGAGUGGAAGGGUUAGGGGGUCCUUCCUCUUUUAAACACACAGACACACACAGACAGACACACACACACACACACACACACACACACACA